UUAGCUCAACGCCAUGUGAAAUUACUCGAUCCCAUUUUCAAAAGACGUUUGUUAACGAAAGAAACGAGAGAGAGAGAGAGAGAGAAAGAGAGGGAGAGAGAGAGAAUGAUCGCUGACGGAGUGGAAGACGAAGAGAAAUGGCUGGCGGAAGGGAUUGCUGGCCUUCAACACAACGCCUUCUACAUGCAUCGAGCUCUGGAUUCGAACAAUCUCAGAGACGCUCUCAAGUAUUCUGCUCAGAUGCUCUCCGAGCUUCGCACUUCCCGGCUUUCCCCUCACAAAUACUAUGAGCUUUACAUGCGGGCGUUCGAUGAGUUGAGGAAAUUGGAGAUGUUCUUCAGGGAGGAGACCAAGCGAGGUUGCUCUGUGAUCGACCUCUACGAGCUUGUACAGCAUGCUGGAAACAUACUUCCUAGAUUGUAUCUCUUGUGCACGGUGGGAUCUGUAUACAUCAAAUCGAAGGAGGCUCCUGCUAAGGAUGUUCUUAAAGACCUUGUGGAAAUGUGUCGUGGAGUUCAACAUCCUGUACGUGGUCUCUUUCUCAGGAGUUACCUUUCUCAAGUCAGUAGGGAUAAGUUGCCCGAUAUUGGGUCUGAGUAUGAGGGUGAUGCUGACACAGUCAUGGAUGCUGUCGAGUUUGUACUUCAAAACUUCACAGAGAUGAAUAAGCUUUGGGUCCGAAUGCAGCAACAGGGACCCGUCCGGGAAAAAGAGAAGCGGGAAAAAGAAAGGAACGAGCUUCGUGAUCUUGUUGGCAAAAAUCUGCAUGUCCUCAGUCAGAUAGAGGGUGUUGACCUUGAUAUGUACAAAGAUACUGUGCUUCCGAGAGUUUUGGAACAGGUUGUUAAUUGCAAGGAUGAGCUUGCUCAAUAUUACUUGAUGGAUUGCAUAAUCCAAGUCUUUCCAGAUGAAUAUCAUUUGCAGACUCUUGAGACAUUGUUGGGUGCUUGCCCCCAGCUUCAGGCGACUGUUGAUAUCAAGACAGUGUUAUCACGACUUAUGGAUAGACUGUCAAACUAUGCUGCUUCAAGUGCAGAAGUAUUACCUGAAUUCUUGCAGGUAGAGGCUUUUGCGAAAUUGAGCAAUGCCAUUGGGAAGGUGAUAGAAGCACAGGUUGAUAUGCCUGUUGUUGGAGCUAUAACUUUGUACGUGUCUCUUCUGACAUUUACUCUUCGUGUCCAUCCUGAUCGGCUUGAUUAUGUAGAUCAAGUGCUGGGAGCAUGCGUUAAGAAACUUUCUGGAAGACCAAGACUUGAAGACAGCAGAGCUACAAAGCAAGUUGUUGCACUUCUGAGUGCUCCUUUGGAGAAAUACAAUGAUAUUGUUACUGCUCUGAUGCUUUCAAACUAUCCUCGAGUGAUGGAUCACCUUGAUAAUGCUACAAAUAAAGUCAUGGCAGUGGUUAUUAUUCAAAGCAUUAUGAAAAAUAACAGUUGUAUUUUGACUGCGGAUAAGGUUGAAGCAUUGUUUGAACUAAUAAAGGGUCUUAUAAAGGAUUUGGAUGGGUCUCCUAUCGAAGAGCUUGACGAAGAGGAUUUCAAGGAGGAGCAAAAUUCUGUUGCUCGUCUCAUUCACAUGCUCUAUAAUGAUGAUCCAGAGGAGAUGUUUAAGAUUAUAUGUACUGUGAGGAAGCAUAUUCUUACUGGAGGACCAAAACGACUUUCUUUUACUGUUCCUCCUCUAAUUUUUUCUGCCCUUAAGUUGGUCAGGCGAUUGCAAGGUCAGGAGGGGGAAGUGGCUGGAGAAGACGAGGCUGCGACUCCUAAGAAAAUUUUUCAGAUUUUGCAUCAGAUUAUUGAGGCUCUGUCAUAUGUUCCGGCAUCUGAACUUGCUCUCAGAUUGUACUUGCAGUGUGCUGAGGCUGCCAAUGACUGUGAUCUUGAACCCAUUGCAUAUGAGUUUUUAACCCAAGCAUUUAUCUUGUAUGAGGAAGAAGUUGCGGAUUCAAAAGCACAGGUAACUGCAAUACACCUAAUAAUAGGGACUCUUCAAAGGAUGAACAUAUUUGGUGUUGAGAACAGAGAUACUCUAACACACAAGGCCACAGGGUAUUCGGCAAAACUUCUAAAGAAACCUGAUCAGUGCAGAGCAGUUUAUGCAUGUUCACAUCUCUUCUGGGUUGAUGAACAGGAUGGUAUCAAGGAUGGAGAAAGGGUCCUGCUUUGCCUAAAGCGUGCCUUAAGGAUUGCAAAUGCUGCUCAACAGAUGGCCAAUGUGACAAGGGGUAGCAGUGGACCAGUCACACUCUUUGUUGAAAUACUAAACAAGUAUCUUUACUUCUUUGAGAAGGGGAACCCUCAGAUCACUAGUGCAGCAGUUCAGGGCUUGGUUGAACUAAUCACAACAGAGAUGCAAAGUGAUGCGACGACACCAGAUCCAUCUGCAGAAGUAUUUUUUGCCAGUACAUUGCGCUACAUUCAGUUUCAGAAACAGAAAGGUGGUUUGAUGGGUGAAAAAUAUGAGCCCAUCAAAGUCUGAUUUGCAAGUGAGUAAGCAUCUCCAAGAUAUAAAGAUGUGGACAGGUGUGCUGAGUCUUUUUUUUUUUUAAUAUAAUUUAUAAGAGGGUGUGGUGGUUUCAGAAUGGUUUUGGGGGGCUUUUUUCGUUCUCCACAAUGAAAUGAAAUAGCCAUUUCGUAUUCCUUGUUCUCCUUUGAAGAAUUCUGUGAAUGGAAGGGAUGAGGUACCUCAAAGUCUAAAAGAUAAAAAUAGUUCCUUGUAUCUGAUUAAUUAGUGUUCAGCAUUCUCUCAGUGGUGAGGACUGUAUCCUUCCAUUGCAGUUGCCACACCUGCACUGAGUCAUGUCGGCUCAACUAUUUGGAGUCAAAAUGCUGUUUUCUUCGCUUCUGCUCUAACUUAAUCUUUCCCCCCUUCUAAAUGUAACCCUGUUAUCCUUUUGGGUGGUUGUUGGUGCUGACUGACUUCUCAUACAAAGUUCAUUUGUAUAACAGUAAGACCAAGACAAGAAUAAGUCUUUUUCGUCAUUCCUACAAUCAGGUAUGUAUCUUUGGGUCCAUGAUCUUCUAAAUAUCCGAAGCAUUGAAUACCCCUUCCCUUUCCUCUCUUUUUCUUGUACUGUUGUCUGGGUUUUUUUUUUUUUUUUUGUGGGGGGUGGGGGUUGUUAGUUGAUGGUGAGGUUUGUAGUGUGAUCAUCACGACAAGAGACAGAUAGGCGGCUGGAAAAGGGUUUAUGGAUGGGCACCUUCUUAAGGUAUCUUGGGAUGGCCCAUUGACGUCUUUCUUGAGGAUAGUCGAUGUAUGAAUUUCAACUGUUGAAUUUUCUUGACUGGUUACAUGUCAAGUGAAAGUUUUUAAUUCAAUCAUUAUACUUUCCCAUGUA